UGCGGAGAUGUUUAAUAUUCAGGUCACAUGACGAUGGCAGCAGGAGCAGCACCAGCAUCCCCGCUCUGCUGAAAUAGCCACUGGAGAAGGAAGGGAAGGAGAGAGGGGGGAGAAGAGGACGCAGGGAAGAAAGACAAAGGUAAAAGCAAGUGGAGCCUUGUAGCCCACCGUGCCGCUUCAUCAGCGUCAGGCUAGAAAAGUGGGGGGAGACCCACCCCCUUGGGAGAGGAUUCGGAGACAAAGGAAGCUUCAUGUUCAAAGGACCAGGGGAGAGCAAAAACGAAGCAGCCAUGUCUGAGCUUGUCCCAGAGCCACGACAAAAGCCAGUCGUACCAAUGAAACCCAUGGGCAUCAACGCCAGCUUGCUGGGCUACAUCGGUAUCGACACCAUCAUCGAGCAGAUGCGCAAGAAAACCAUGAAGACGGGUUUUGACUUCAACAUCAUGGUUGUAGGUCAGAGCGGACUGGGAAAGUCAACAUUGGUAAAUACCCUCUUCAAAUCCCAGGUGAGCCGCAAAUCUUCAGGCUGGAACCGGGAGGAGAAGAUCCCCAAGACAGUGGAGAUCAAAGCCAUUGGGCAUGUCAUUGAAGAAGGCGGUGUCAAAAUGAAGCUGACAGUGAUUGACACACCAGGAUUUGGGGACCAGAUCAACAAUGAGAACUGCUGGGAACCUAUUGAGAAAUACAUCAACGAACAAUAUGAAAAGUUUUUGAAAGAGGAGGUGAAUAUUGCAAGGAAGAAACGAAUUCCAGACACGCGCGUGCACUGCUGCCUGUACUUCAUCUCCCCUACGGGCCACUCCUUGCGGCCUUUGGACCUGGAGUUCAUGAAACAUCUCAGCAAGGUAGUGAACAUCAUCCCAGUUAUCGCUAAGGCUGACACCAUGACCUUGGAGGAGAAGACUGAAUUCAAACAAAGAGUGCGCAAGGAACUAGAAGUAAACGGGAUCGAGUUUUAUCCCCAGAAAGAAUUUGAUGAGGACUUGGAGGAUAAAACAGAGAACGACAAAAUCAGGCAGGAAAGCAUGCCCUUUGCAGUAGUGGGCAGUGACAAGGAGUACCAAGUGAAUGGCAAAAGAGUCCUGGGCAGGAAAACACCUUGGGGAAUCAUAGAAGUGGAAAACCUCAAUCACUGUGAAUUUGCCCUACUUCGAGAUUUUGUCAUCAGGACCCACCUUCAGGACCUAAAAGAAGUGACCCACAACAUCCACUAUGAGACCUACAGGGCCAAACGGCUGAAUGACAACGGAGGGCUGCCCCCCAUGACUGUGGAGACAGAGGAAAACCACGAAAGUAACCUGUGAAAGACCCUCCCCUCCACGGUCACCUGGUGACUCUGGAUAGACGACCCACCCCUGCUCCCCUUGACUCAACCAUGGGCCUGUCUCUGAAGCAUGUGGCACAUCCUCCUUGGAGUGAGAGGAUGCAAGUGUGAGUGUGUGCGGGCGUGCAUGUGCCUCCCUGAGUGCCGGAGAGGGACAAGGGCAUCUCCCCCAUCCUUCCCAGAGUGUCCCCAUCCUUGGUUUGUUUUUUGCACAGUGGACUGUCUGUCAGCUUCCUUUCUCUUGUUUCUGUGUCUCAGCUGUGUAUCUUGCCUGGGGGAAAUAGUGUUGGGGGGAAGGAUUUCUAGGGAUACGGAUUUUGGAGGGGGGCGGUGUGGGGCAUGCUGUGGUCCUGUUUUUAGCACUUGAAGACAUGGCAAGGAAAGACUCUGGGAGAGAUGGUGGAGUUGAUGCAUGCAUGUUUCAAGGGGUGUCAGCAGAGAUUUCUCUUGGAUCUUCCAUGGGUUGGAAGGAGCUGGUUGGUCUGAGGGCAUGGUGGUCUGGCAUUUUAUCCCCUUUUCUUGCUGUGGCUUCUCAAGGGGAAAUGGCAGCUUGGAACAGGGUAGAUGAUAGAAGGCUGGCAUGUUUUGUGGUUCAGAGCAAGUGACUGGUGGGAGGAGACAGAAUCAGUUCUUGGCCUGUAGCAUCUGUUUGAGAAGCAUCAAAGUACUUGGGGAAAAUGGAUAUAUUCAAAAGCAGCAAAACCCAGAGGAAAAGAAGGUGUUCCUGCUGCAGAGGGUGCAUUUUCCCUGCCCAGCACUAAGGUCAAGCAAUGCUUGUGUCACAGGCAUUUGACUGUGCAGAUCAGACGAAUCCGUGCUGGGGUCACCCCAUACCCCUGCUGCAAUCCCCAAUUGCAUUGGUCUCUCUCCACCAGCACUGAGCAGGUCCUGGCCAAACCCUUCCCCACAACACAGCCCCUCUGCUGUGGGAGCACAAGGAAAACAAUGCCACAGGGAGUCUCUGCUGGGACCUCCCCCAGGGACAGCUCCACUUGGGGAUCUUGGAGGAGUGCAAACAGCCAUGGAUUAAGAAGCACUGGGCCAGGGUGGGGGGCACAAGAGAUACCUCUUCUUCAUUCUCCCCAUCGAAAUGGCUGCAUUUGCUACAGCAGCCUUUCUUCUUUCCAUGUCUUUGUCUGUUCUUUACCUU